CAAAAACCUCUCGAUUAUAGCUACAGCCCAGCGAAUUGCUAUCACUAACGGCACACAUUCGGCAGCUCAUUGGAAGCCCAACAUCCAGACGGACAGUUUCCAGCCCACACACGCAUCGCCCCCGGCUUCAACAAACAGACACUCGCCCGCGGCAUCUCCGGCGGCCCGGUCAAGCAAGAAACAAACGGCAGCAACAAACACCAUGGCCACGAUACCGGAACUGAAAGCGCUAGCGGCGCUGACGCCAGCCAGCAGCGCGCGGACAUGGAUGAGCGCGCCGCACCCGACGCAGGCGAUAGUGGCGACGGCGUCGUCGGACAAGACGGUGCGCGUGUACAGCCUGACGUCGUUCACGCUGCUGAGCACGAUCGGCGGGGGCCACAAGCGCAGCGUGCGCGCGUGCGCGUGGAAGCCCGGCAUGGUGGGCGAGUCGGUGCUGGCGACGGGCAGCUUCGACGCGUCAGCGGGCAUCUGGCGCCGGUGGGAGCAGCAGAAGGCGCCGGGGAUGCGCGACGACGAGGAUGAGGAGGAGACCGAGAUCGAUGUCGCUGCUGCUGCUACUGCUGAUGGAGAAGAGGACGAUGACGAGUGGCGCUUCAGUGUCAUUUUGGAUGGCCAUGAGAGCGAGAUUAAGAGCUUGGCGUGGAGUGCUGGCGGCCAGUUCCUCGCGACUUGCUCCCGUGAUAAGAGUGUUUGGGUUUGGGAGGAAAUGGAGGACGAUAAUUUUGAGACGAUUGCUGUGCUCCAAGAGCACGAGGGCGAUGUCAAGUGCGUCGCAUGGCACCCCAGCGAAGAUUGCCUGGCCAGCGCGAGCUACGACGACACGAUAAGACUUUACCGGGAGGACUUGGACGACUGGACGUGCGUCGCCGUGAUGAGUGGGCACGACGCUACAGUCUGGUCUGUGGAUUUUGAGGCCGUGGAGGUCUCGCCGCUGAAGGUGGAAGAGGGGGACAGCGAAGAGGUCUCGGCUGCGAAGAAGAAGCUCCUUCAGGACAGAGUCGCGGCCGGCUCCCGGUUGGUGUCCGGUUCGGACGACAUGACGGUUAGGAUAUGGAGGAAAAUACCAAAGGACACGGGAAACGCAGGGAACAACAACGGCGUACCCAGCAUUCUGCGGAAUAACAGCAUCGAGGAAGAGUGGGUUCAAGAGGCAGUGUUACCGAGGAGACAUGAGCGGGCUGUUUACUCGGUUGCCUGGAGCAAGAAGUCCGGCAUGAUCGCAAGCACAGGCAGCGACGGCAAGAUUGUGGUCUACAAGGAGCAGUGGAGGAACGACCUAGGCAAAGAGUCCAGCGAAGCGGUGCCUGAUGGCGAGGGGAAGGCAGGCCAGAGCCCCAGCACUUUGACAGAGUGGGUUGUAGUCGCAGAGGUCGAGGGCGCCCACGACGUUUUCGAGAUCAACCACGUCUGCUGGGCACCACGCCGCGACAAGGACAGGACCUCCGAGGACGACGAAGUCAUCAUCAGCACGGGCGACGACGGCGAAGUCAAACUCUGGACGCUGGGCUGAAAGACGGCGACCGGACCUUGCUCCGCUUUUCUUGACCUCCACCCGGGCAGGCACACUCUCCCUGGACAAGCCGGGCCCAGAGAUGUCGAGACGGGGCCGAUGUCGGUUUCUUAGACGACUGGGCUACCACCGAGACGCCGCUUGCGCGUCGCGCUGGCCGCCGAGGGUUAAUCAGCGUACGCAGUAUGUAGACUUAUCGACACGGCGAGAUCUCCAUACGGGCAUGCCGUAUAAAGAAAGCACAGCGCGCGGCGCGGGUAGACUCUAGACAGGCCAACAACAAUAUAUCGUACGUGCGUG